GUGCUGUGGGGAGUGAGUUUAGAAUGGGGCAUUUCUCUCCUCGAUGUUUAACGGAUUGGCAAGAUCUUUUCGUAAAAAAAGAGAAAAAUUCUGGGAGUUGUGAUGGAAGAGGAGCUGCAGAAGCAAUGGCGAAGGAAGCCAAGAAAGAUGACUUAAUUUUAAGGUCUUCUGGGUUUGUAAAUGUUGAUGGUUCUAACAAUUUUGCCUCAGUUUUUUCCAAGAGAGGCCAGAAGGGUGUUAACCAAGAUUGUGCUAUUGUCUGGGAGGAAUUUGGAUGUCAAGAAGACAUGAUAUUUUGUGGGAUUUUUGAUGGACACGGUCCAUGGGGUCAUUUUGUGGCAAAAAAGGUUCGUGAAGCGAUGCCUUCUUCUUUGCUGUGUAAUUGGCAGGAGACUGUCGCUGAAGCAUCAGUUCUUCCAGAGAUUAACUUGGAUUCGGAUAAAAAGCAUCAUAGGUUCAAUAUAUGGAAGCAUUCUUUUGUCAAGACUUGUGCUGCCGUUGAUCAGGAGCUUGAACAACAUCGUAAGAUUGAUUCUUUCUAUAGUGGAACAACCGCAUUGACAAUUGUUAGACAGGGUGAAUUCAUCAUUGUAGCCAAUGUGGGCGACUCUCGUGCUGUAUUAGCAACCACUUCUGAUGAUGGAGACUUGGUACCAGUUCAGCUAACAGUUGAUUUCAAGCCCAACUUACCUCAGGAGGCUGAGCGGAUAGUGCAGUGCAAGGGCCGUGUAUUUUGUUUAGAAGAUGAGCCAGGGGUGCACAGGGUCUGGUUUCCCAACGAGGAAUCGCCUGGACUGGCAAUGUCUCGAGCCUUUGGUGAUUAUUGUUUAAAGGAAUAUGGAUUAAUUUCUGUGCCUGAAGUAACGCAAAGGCAUAUAACCAGCAAAGACCAAUUCGUUGUGCUUGCAACAGAUGGGGUAUGGGAUGUCAUCUCUAAUCAAGAAGCAGUUCAAAUUGUGUCUUCAACACCAGAUAGAGCAAAGUCAGCCAAGCGUCUGGUCGAGUGUGCUGUUCAUGCCUGGAAACGAAAGAGGAAGUGUAUUGCAAUGGAUGAUAUUUCUGCUAUUUGUCUAUUCUUCCACUCUUCAACUCAAUCUCAGGCAGUUAGCAUUGUUUCAACGCCAAAAUAGUAAUGAAAAUUGGCAAGGAAAUGUUUCCUUGUUUAUCAUUUCUCACACACUAUCUAUGUAUGUUAUUUAAUGUAUUCAGUUUAUCAGAAGUCGCUCAUUAUCAA